AGAGCUUCAGUUGGAAUUCACACCUUCAGUCCCAUCAGAGAGUCCAUACGGCAGAGAAACCAUACAAAUGUGAGGAGUGUGGGAAGGGCUUCAUUUGUAGCUCAUCAGAGGGUCCACACAGGAGAAAAACCCUACAAAUGUGAGGAAUGUGGGAAAGGCUUUAGUCGGCCUUCAAGUCUUCAGGCCCAUCAGGGAGUCCACACUGGAGAGAAAUCAUACAUAUGUAAUGUGUGUGGGAAAGGCUUUAGUCGGCCUUCAAGUCUUCAGGCCCAUCAGGGAGUCCACACUGGAGAGAAAUCAUACAUAUGUAAUGUGUGUGGUAAAGGCUUUACUCUGAGUUCAAACCUUCAGGCACAUCAAAGAGUCCAUACAGGAGAGAAAUCAUACAAAUGUAAUGAGUGUGGGAAGAACUUCAGGAGGAACUCCCAUUAUCAAGUUCAUCUGGUUGUCCACACAGGGGAGAAGCCCUAUAAAUGUGAGGUAUGUGGGAAGGGCUUCAGUCAGAGUUCAUAUCUUCAAAUCCAUCAGAAGGCCCACAGUGUAGAGAAACCUUACAAGUGUGAGGAGUGUGGGCAGGGCUUCCAUCAGAGUUCACGACUUCAGAUCCACCAGCUGAUCCAUACCGGUGAGAAACCAUACAGAUGUGAAGAGUGUGGGAAGGGAUUCAGUCGUAGAGCAGAUCUUAAAAUUCAUUGCAGAAUCCACACCGGAGAGAAACCGUAUAAUUGUGAGGAGUGGGGGAAAGUCUUCAGGCAGGCCUCAAAUCUUCUGGCCCAUGAGAGAGUCCAGAGCAGAGAAAAACCAUUCAAAUGUGAAGAGUGUGGGAAGAGCUUUGGUCGGAGUUCACACCUUCAAGCCCAUCAAAAAGUCCACACUGGAGAAAAGCCAUACAAAUGUGAGGAGUGUGGGAAGGGCUUCAAGUGGAGCCUGAACCUCGCCAUGCAUCAGAGGGUUCACACAGGAGAGAAACCAUAUAAGUGUGGGGAGUGUGGGAAGCACUUCAUUCAGGCCUCAGGUCUUCAGCUUCAUCAAAGCGUCCACACUGGAGAGAAGCCGUACAGAUGUGACAGAUGCAGUAAGGUCUUCAGUCGGUCUUCACAGCUACAGUCUCAUCAAAGAGUGCACACAGGGGAGAAGCCUUACAAGUGUGAGACCUGUGGUAAGAGCUUCAGUUGGCGCUCCAAUCUAACAGUUCAUCACAGAAUCCAUGCUGCUGAUAAAUCCUAUAAAAGUGAUAGGAGUGGUAAGACCAUCAGAGAGCCCACACACGAAAAAAGUUCCAUAAAAUGAUUAAAACAAAAACAAAAACAACUCAGGUGUCAUGUGAAUUCUUCCAGUCAUCAAGUUCAAAAGAAAAAAAAAUCAUUUGUUUCAUUAAAGUCGGUGUUUCAGCCAUAGCUCAACAUGUCCCAGUAGUCAGGAGGCCACACGGCAGAGAACUCUGGUAAAUGGUGUAGUAAGUUUGAACUUUGACCUCUAUUAAAUGUUAGGGGAGAAGCCUUAGUGUGAGUUUUAGCAGGCCUUGUACAAAAGUAUGAUGAACAUGGCAAAAUUUAUGCCCAUUACAACGUAAAUUCCACGAAUGCAGCGACGUUUGUUCUGAAUCUACAGUCUGAACAUUGUCAGCUACUUUGUAGGUGCUCGAUAUUUGUUCAGUUAAUGAAUGAGGAAAAACUUUUUGAAAAUUAUGUUGCAGUCCCCUCCAGAAUUUCAUAAAAAUUUGUAUUCAGAGCAGUUAACCUAAAUCUGGCCUUAAAAGUAAUUCAGGGAGACAAAAAUUUGAAGUGUUAGAAAACCACUCAGUAUUGCAAUUUGUAAUAUUAAUGUGGCAUCGUCCUGUUAUGAUUAGCUCCAUUUGUCUCCCCCCAGCCUCGCUUCAAGUUGGAUCU